AGCAUUACUGUAAGCCCUGGUUUCAUCUCCAAUGGCAUAGCCCCGCUGGAAUUGCUGAGAUCCAGCCUGAAAGCAACUGAAGCUCACAGCUUUCACUGCUUGGCUAUCUCGAUUUCCAAGCAUGUCCUUGCCUCAUAUCACCUGGUCCAAAACCUGCUCAUCCCAUAGAGACUCAGUAGCAGACGCACAAGCCUGUGGCCUUGGAAACGGUACACCGGAGUGAACUCUACUGCCUGUGACUUCGCUGCAACCUCUUGCAGAACUGCAAGGAAACCAAACAGAGAUAAAAAGAUGAAAACUUCUGGCUAUACUCACCCAGAAUACAGUGUGCAUUCACAAUGAUCUAGCUCCUUCCCUAACUCGCUCACAAAUCUGCUGAGGAACAGCAGCAACCUUUUCAAAAUGGUGAAAUACUGAUUGGAUUUAUAGCUUCCACAAACAGGAAAGAACUUGCUAUCUUGGAUUUUUAUUUUUCUUCCUCAAAAGAAAAAACAAUAUCAAGAGGUGGAAGGAAAAGUUUAUCUCGACUGAAUUAUUCCCUUCGCCCCAUGUAGAAGCUAGAGUUUUCCAAGAUGGCUGCCCACUGGAGAGGAAGGGCGUCAACUCUAGUGGUGACUCUAGGGGUCCUGCACUGCUGGGGGUGGGUGUCCUGUCAUGUUGAAAGGACUAGUGAGAAAAGCCCCAUGUCUCAUGAAAGAGUGAAGAGGGGCUGGGUGUGGAACCAGUUCUUUGUGGUGGAAGAGUACACAGGAACGGAACCGCUCUAUGUUGGAAAGAUCCACUCAGAUUCAGAUGAAGGCGAUGGCUCUAUCAAGUACACCAUAUCUGGAGAAGGAGCGGGGACUAUCUUCAUCAUUGAUGAGGUGACGGGAGACAUUCACGCCACUGAGCGACUGGACCGGGAGGAGAAAGCCUUCUACACGUUACGAGCUCAGGCUCGAGACCGUCUGACCGACGCUCCACUUGAACCUGAGUCAGAGUUCGUUAUAAAGGUCCAGGACAUCAACGACAGCGAACCCAAGUUCUUGGAAGGGCCAUACAUUGGAAGUGUGGCUGAGCUGUCUCCGAUUGGUACGUCGGUAAUGAAAGUGAUGGCUUCGGAUGCUGACGACCCCACCUACGGCAGCAGUGCCAGGAUUGUGUACAGUGUUCUGGAUGGAGAGAAGUUCUUCACAGUUGACAGACAGACUGGAGUGAUUCGAACAGCGGUGGCUGAUCUCGAUCGGGAGACGCAGGACCGUUACGAGCUGGUUGUCAAGGCAACAGACAUGGCAGGCCAAAUGGGCGGUCUCUCUGGCUCCACCACGGUGACCAUAGUGAUCACGGACGUUAAUGACAACCCUCCACGCUUCCCUCAGAAGAUGUAUCAGUUUACCGUUUCGGAAGGAACGGCCGUGGGCACAUCUGUGGGCCGGGUGAUUGCCACGGACGCGGACAUGGGCGAGAACACAGACAUGAGCUACCUGAUCAAAGACGAGGAAGGAGGAGAGCUGUUCAGAGUCUCCACCGAUGGAGACACCCAAGAGGCCGUCAUCACUAUCAAAAAGCCUCUCGACUUUGAGAAGAAGCGGACCCAUAAUGUGGUGGUGGAGGCCGUCAACAAGCAUGUGGACCCCCGUUUCGUGGACCUGGGCUCGUUCCGGGACCAGACCAUUGUAAGGGUCAGCGUUUCGGACACAGACGAGCCCCCAAUUUUCUUCCCACCCACAGGCGCUAUUAUGGAAGUACAAGAGGACGCCAAGCAAGGAGCCCUUGUGGGCAUCGUCACUGCCAAGGACCCAGAUAUGGAUAAUGUUCCUGUGAGAUACUCGAUAGACCGGAGCACAGACCAGGAACAGAUUUUCAACAUUGAUGCUGUGACUGGUGCCAUCACCCUGGGGAAGAUAUUGGACAGGGAAACGGCGGGUUGGCACAACAUCACAGUGACAGCCGUAGAAGCAGAUAACCAGUCCAUGGCUUCCCAGACUGCAGUCAGCAUCCGUAUUCUGGAUGUGAAUGACAACCCGCCUGAGCUGGCCACCCCUUAUGAAACUAAAAUCUGUGAGGAUGCAAAACCUGGCCAGCUCAUUCACACCAUCAGCGUGGUGGACCGGGAUGAACCUCAGUCUGGCCACCGCUUCUAUUUCACACUAGCGCCCGAAGCCUCCAACAACCGCCAUUUCGCACUGUGGGACGUUAAAGACAACACAGCAGGUAUCAGGACCCAGCGUUCAGGUUUUAACCGGCAAGAGCAGAACGUGUACCUGUUGCCUAUUCGGGUGGUGGACAGUGGACCUCCGGCCCUGAGCAGCACUGGGACCUUCACUAUCCGCGUGUGUGGUUGUGACACUGUAGGAAACAUCCAGUCUUGCAACGCCACGGCCUUCGUCAUGUCUGCAGCGCUUAGCCCCGGAGCCCUCAUCGCCUUGCUGGUCUGCAUGCUCAUCCUCAUUGUCCUCGUGCUCCUGAUCCUGACCCUAAAGCGCCACAGAAAGGGCCAGCGUAUGUCUGAGGAUGAGGAGGACAUGCGCGACAACGUCAUCAAGUACAACGACGAAGGCGGGGGCGAGCAGGACACCCAGGCCUACGACAUGAGCGCCUUACGGAGCCUCUAUGACUUUCCCGAGGUGAAAAACUCAGAAUCUGGCGCCGACCUGCGCUCCCUGCCCCAGUGGAUUCAGAACCGGGUGACGGGGGACGGAGGGGCGGCUGACUUCUCCCUCUUCAAAGGCUACAUCCGCAAGAAGGUGGAGCAGGCGGACGCUGACCUGUCGGUGCCACCGUAUGACUCAUUCCAGACAUACGCCUUCGAGGGCAGCAGCUCACCAGCGCUGUCGCUCAGCUCCAUCCGCACACUGUCCACCACCUCAGAGCAGGACUUCUCCUACCUCAGUGAUUGGGGGCCACGCUUUAGGCAGCUGGCAGGUUACUAUGCCCCAGGACAGCCUGAGGAGGAGGGUUCCUAGCACUGCCCUUCAUCCUACACCAUGUUCUCACUAAAGAUGAUUCUUGCUCCAUAGCCCCUGUUGUCCAGUCCUGGAACUGCCACUACCUACCACUGUCCUCCACCAGUGCUCUCCUAAGACGAUCCUUGGAACCCAGUCCGAUGUUAGGGUCCCAAUACCACCCCUUGGACCAUGUAAAAGCCACAAAGGGCUUGCCUGUUGAAAAAGUUCAUGACAAAAGGUGGCAGAGUAGCAAGGAAUGAACAGGCGGCAGCUGAGGAGUUGGGCAAAGCUCCAGUAAGCUGGCACCUGUCAGAGUGGUACAGGACAGCCAGGCUGUGCCAUAUGCACAACCGUCAUUGUUUCCUUUCUAAACAGUCUUCUUUUUUCGUGCGUGUACUUUCCUCGCUCCUUCGGCAGAGACAGACAUAGACUAAAUCACUCACCUGGACAGAACUGGGGAACGUCUUUUACCAAGCCAAGGCAAAUUAUCCCCAGAAAAAAACAUGUAUUUAUUAUCAAAAAAAAUGAAGAUAUUUAUGUAUUUAUUGAUUUGUACUUAUUUAUUUAUUUAUUCAUCCUGGUCAGACAUACAGAACACAGGAAUGGACUUAUUUAUAGAAGAAUACUGAAGUGCACUGAAUGAAUGGGACAUCUCUGAGACCAGUAAAAAAAAGACUUUUAAAUGCAUUGACAGAGAGACCUGGGCCACAGUAAUGAAGA